UUCUCUCCACUCUGCCCAGAACCCCCGCCAUGGGGCCGCUCCGGAGGAAGUCACACCUGCUGCCGCUGGUGGCUGUGGUCCUUGUCUCCUGUCCAGCUCAGAGCUCAGCCCCGGGAUCACAAGCCACCUUUGGGCCUGUCUUUGAAGACCAGCCCCUUAGCCUGCUAUUCCCAGAGGAGUCCACAGAGGAGAAGGUGACGUUGGCAUGUCGUGCCCGGGCCAGUCCUCCAGCCACCUACAGGUGGAAGAUGAAUGGCACCGAGAUGAAGCUGGAGCCAGGUUCCCGCCACCAGCUAGUGGGGGGCAACCUGGUCAUCAUGAACCCCACCAAGGCACAGGAUGCCGGCGUCUACCAGUGCCUGGCCUCUAACCCAGUGGGCACUGUUGUCAGCAGGGAGGCUGUCCUGCGCUUUGGCUUUCUGCAGGAAUUCUCCAAAGAAGAACGAGACCCAGUGAAAACUCACGAAGGUUGGGGGGUAAUGUUGCCCUGUAACCCACCUGCCCACUACCCAGGCCUGUCCUACCGCUGGCUCCUCAAUGAGUUCCCCAACUUCAUCCCGACGGAUGGGCGUCACUUCGUGUCCCAGACCACAGGCAACCUGUACAUUGCCCGGACCAAUGCCUCGGACCUGGGCAACUACUCCUGCCUGGCCACCAGCCACAUGGACUUCUCCACCAAGAGCGUCUUCAGCAAGUUUGCUCAGCUCAACUUGGCCGCUGAAGAUCCCAGGCUCUUUGCACCCAGCAUCAAGGCCCGGUUCCCAGCAGAGACGUAUGCGCUGGUGGGACAGCAGGUCACCCUGGAGUGCUUUGCCUUUGGGAACCCUGUUCCCAGAAUCAAGUGGCGCAAAGUGGAUGGCUCCUUGUCCCCGCAGUGGGCCACAGCCGAGCCCACUCUGCAGAUCCCCAGAGUCAGCUUCGAGGAUGAAGGUACCUAUGAGUGUGAGGCGGAGAACUCCAAGGGCCGAGACAGCGUCCAGGGCCGCAUCAUCGUGCAGGCCCAACCCGAGUGGCUCAAGGUGAUCUCGGACAUGGAAGCCGACAUCGGUUCCAGCCUGCGUUGGGGCUGCGCAGCUGCUGGCAAGCCCCGGCCCACAGUGCGCUGGCUGCGGAACGGGGAGCCUCUGGCCUCCCAGAACCGGGUGGAGGUGCUGGCCGGGGACCUGCGGUUCUCCAAGCUGAGCCUGGAGGACUCGGGCAUGUACCAGUGUGUGGCAGAGAACAAGCAUGGCACCAUCUACGCCAGUGCUGAGCUGGCCGUACAAGCACUGGCCCCCGACUUCAGGCUGAACCCCGUAAGGCGCCUGAUCCCUGCGGCGCGGGGGGGAGAGGUCAUUAUCCCCUGUCAGCCGCGGUCAGCGCCAAAGGCCGUGGUGCUCUGGAGCAAAGGCACUGAGAUUCUGGUCAACAGCAGCAGAGUGACUGUAACUCCGGAUGGCACCUUGAUCAUAAGAAACAUCAGUCGGUCAGAUGAAGGGAAAUAUACCUGCUUUGCUGAGAAUUUCAUGGGCAAAGCCAAUAGCACCGGCAUCCUGUCUGUGCGAGAUGCAACCAAGAUCACUCUGGCCCCCUCAAGUGCUGACAUCAACUUGGGAGACAACCUAACCCUGCAGUGCCAUGCCUCCCACGACCCCACCAUGGACCUCACCUUCAUCUGGACCCUGGAUGACUUCCCUAUCGACUCUGAGAAGCCCGGGGGCCACUACCGGAGAGCCAGUGUGAAGGAGACGGUUGGGGAUCUGACCAUCCUGAACGCCCAGCUGCGCCACGGCGGAAAGUACACAUGCAUGGCCCAGACGGUGGUAGACAGUGCGUCCAAGGAGGCCACAGUCCUGGUCCGAGGUCCACCGGGUCCCCCAGGAGGAGUGGUGGUGAGGGACAUCGGUGACACCACCGUCCAGCUCAGCUGGAGCCGUGGCUUCGACAACCACAGCCCCAUUGCCAAGUACACCCUGCAAGCUCGCACUCCAUCCUCAGGGAAGUGGAAGCAAGUACGGACCAAUCCUGCCAACAUCGAGGGCAACGCGGAGACUGCCCAGGUGCUGGGCCUCACGCCCUGGACGGACUAUGAGUUCCGGGUCAUAGCCAGCAACAUCCUGGGCACUGGGGAGCCCAGUGGGCCCUCCAGCAAAAUCCGGACUAAAGAAGCAGCCCCCUCAGUGGCACCCUCAGGACUCAGUGGAGGUGGCGGAGCCCCCGGAGAGCUCAUCGUUAACUGGACGCCCAUGUCACGGGAGUACCAGAACGGAGACGGCUUCGGCUACCUGCUGUCCUUCCGCAGGCAGGGCAGCACGAGCUGGCAGACUGCCCAGGUGCCCGGCGCCGACGCCCAGUACUUCGUCUACAGCAAUGACAGCGUCCGGCCCUACACGCCCUUUGAGGUCAAGAUCCGCAGCUACAACCGCCGUGGGAAUGGGCCCGAGAGCCUCACUGCGCUCGUGUACUCGGCUGAGGAAGAGCCCAGGGUGGCCCCUACCAAGGUCUGGGCCAAGGGGGUCUCAUCCUCAGAGAUGAACGUGACCUGGGACCCUGUGCAGCAGGACAUGAAUGGAAUCCUCCUAGGGUACGAGAUCCGCUACUGGAAAGCUGGGGACAAAGAAGCCGCUGCUGACCGAGUGAGGACAGCAGGGCUGGACACCAGUGCGCGAGUCACUGACCUGCAUCCCAACACCAAAUACCAUGUGACCGUGCGGGCCUACAACCGAGCGGGCCCUGGGCCUGCCAGCCCUUCCACCAGUGCGACGACCAUGAAGCCCCCUCCACGGCGACCUCCUGACAACAUCUCCUGGACUUUCUCGAGCUCCAGUCUUAGUAUUAAGUGGGACCCUGUGGUCCCUCUCCGAAAUGAGUCUGCAGUCACUGGCUAUAAGAUGCUGUACCAGAAUGACUUACACCUGACUCCCACGCUGCACCUCACCACCAAGAACUGGAUAGAAAUUGCAGUUCCCGAAGACAUCGGCCAUGCUCUGGUGCAGAUUCGGACCACAGGGCCUGGAGGGGAUGGGACCCCAGCAGAAGUUCACAUCGUGAGGAACGGAGGCACAAGCAUGAUGGUGGAAAACUCGGCAGUCUGCCCAGCCGCACAUUCGGGCACCAUCCUCUCCCACUCCAUGGCCAUGCUCAUCCUCAUAGGCUACCUGGAACUCUGACCUUGGCACCCCUCUCCGCCACAGCCGGACACCUGCCUCCGAUGAACACAGCCAGCUGGCCCUGGUCCCUUCCCGACGCCAAGGUGGCCCAACACUGUGCCUAAGAAUGGCUGGUUUUAAAUACCUAUUUUAGACUGUGCCCUUUUUGUAGAAGGUAGGAUAUUUCAAAUUCUGCCACAGGAUAGAACCCAUACAAGGAUUUUUUUUUCUUUAAAUCAAGAGGCACCAGGCAGUAACUUUCGUGAUGAUACUGAGCCCUGUGCCCUGGCCUUUCAGGGCACCUAGAUGGAAGG